AUGUAUUUGAAGGAAAACAUUCUUUCAUCAUUUAACUUGAUUGAAGGAUUUGAUCUCCCUGCUAUUGAAGAAAAAAUUGCAAGGUACCAGGAAGAAAAUGCUGAGCAAAUAAUGAUAAAUAGAGCUCGGAAGGCUGAAGAAUUGGCUGCAGCAUUGGCUGCAAGUAAGGCAUAUCCUGCUCAGAAUGAUGCCGAUGGGUAUGCUUGUUAUAAUGGAUCUGCAGUUUGGAAGAGUGAGGAGGACAUAUUGCAAAGAAUGGAAGAUAAACUAAGAGAGAGAGACAAAUGCUCAAAAGGUUGAGGUUGAAC